AUGCAGGCCUUGUGGUCAAGGGCUGCUCAGGCUCAAUCGUCCUGCUGCUGUAGAAUUUGUCUCCAUUCAACCACCGCGCUAGCCCGACGAGCGACCACCGCGACAUCCCGACAGAGAGCGACUGCUGCUGAUAUCUUCACGGCAUGCUACACGACGAUUCUCGGCACGGCAGCCGUGCUCGAUGCGAAGAGGAAGGAAGAUAGGAGACGGGAACUUGACCAGAAACUAGAGCAUGCCAGAGCCGCAUUGGGCAGCCUCGCAACACAGGAGGCUCCCAGUUCCCAGGUCGACGACGACUACCACGAGAACUUUCCAUCGCACAACACAGAUGACCCUAGAGGCAAAAAUGGAUCCUCCGAAGAAAGGGAGGCACAGAGUACAGCAGACCUGCUCGAUGAAUUGGGUCGUCUGGCUAUGGCCAUCCACCCAAGUCGCCCUCGCUCGUCAUGGUUACACACCCAGAUCGACUGGGUUGGGGUCGAGUCAGCCAUUGCAGCAGAGGAGAAGAAUCCCAAAAUUUCGCUUCGACACCCCAAAUCAGAGCGCCAGUUGGAGUUGACGACCCACACGGUUGAGGCAUUGGUCCGCCAUCUACUGCACCGAAGCCGGUACCCCGUUGGGCCGGACGGGCGUUCAGUGCCGGCGGCCGCAGAGGACUGGAAAGGAGAUAGACUAUUAGACGAAGUGACGGAGCUUCAAGACAGUCCCCAUUAUCCCAGCUUUGAACAUCCACAUACAGAUCCUGCAGCAGCCACGGAAGCGCGGAACCUACUGAGCGAGUCUUUUAGGCGCAUCUUCAACCGAACAACUAGCUCCAAGGAGAUGGUCGGCAAGAUCUGUUAUAACUUGCUGCUGUCUACCACUCCGCCGAAUAUUCACAACUACAACACGCUCAUAGCCGGAUUCAAUCGAGUCGAACGCCCAGAUUUGGCGCAAGCCGUCAUUGAUUCAUACCUUGACAACGUCAGAUGGCCUGCCACUCAACAGACCAUGGUGUGUCUUCUCAACCAUGCUAGAGGCACAAAUAAUCUCGAACACUUUCGAGAAAUAAUAGGCCGGAUGAGGGGAGUUACCGAGGAUGGGCUGCAUUUCCGAAUUAUGUCACGCGAGGCCAUAUACAACGAUCAGGGCUGGCUUUGGGCUGACAAGCUCGCUGCUUCUCGGAAGUGCGCCUACGUUCAAAAAGCAAGACGCGGCAACCAAGUGUUUGAUAGCUUGAUUCGAGGGUGGCUUCAUUUCGAGAAAAUUGGCGCCGCCAGUAUGUCUUUCGUGGCAUGCAUCCGCAAUGGGCGCAUGAUUUCCAUUGACACCAUCCACGAGCUCUUGACGGAGUGUCUUUCCCACCAGGACCAACAAGCAGCGCGGGCUAUGUUGAAGGGCCUGGCAAAGAAUUUUGAAAAAUUUGAGGCGUUGAUUGAGCAUAUUAUUGCGCAGGCAUCGACACGAAUGGCACGGAAAAUAGCGGAUAUGUUUAAUACCCUAUUCGACCUAUGCGAGAUGCCCUACAGGCCAUUGAUAGGGAGCGUACGAAGGUCUCUCAUUGACGUGGCAGAGAGGUUUCGAUAUCUCAAUGCCACUAUGCUUGAGAAAUUGGAUAAGGAAAACAUCAGUGCUUCAAUUUCCGAUACUGGCAAGGCUCUACAGGAUCAGGUGGCUGAAGCAUUUGCCUCCGUGGAUGGCAAAACAUCGAUGUGGCAACUGGACACCAAACUGAGCAGCCAUUCGAGAAAGGUGGCGAGGCUGGCAGCGCUGUUCAAACGAUGCCGAGUACUUGAGGAAAAGACCAAGCGGUUGGAUGUUCAUGUGAAGGUUGAACUGAUCAAGCAGAGGAGUGGUCUGGAUCUUGAUCCGAGGUCCAGACUUCCGCCCAUCGAUUGGGUAAACCGCCUACCGAAUCAAGGCUACCCUGCUCUAUUUUACGCGGUGCAGUCUAUUCAACUUACGUCGGAGCCGCUCGCCAAAAACGAUAUCAAAGCCCAGAUUCUGCAGGCUAUACCUGACAAACAAUUGGCUAAAUUACUUCUGAAAACCACAACUGGGGCAAACCUGGGUCUGGGGACGCUGAUCAGUUUGCAUCGUUGGAAACCUAGUUGUUUAGGCGAGACGUCCAAUUUGCCAGCAAGUCCCACUGUGGCCAUGCAGUUGGAGGAACAAGUAUUGAAAGCUGAGGAAGUCACUAAGGCCAUCCUGUUCACGCACCUGAGACUCCGAGGACAGGAGCAAAUCCGGCAUCGUUACCAAACUUGGCAUGAUGUACCUUUGUCGCGGCUUUUUACCCGAUAUAACUUGGAAAUGCACAGGCGAUGGGCCCAGUUCUCCGGUAUAGAGAGUGAGUGGGAGUCUGCAAACAACGAGCUGGAAACAACAGAAGCUGUGCUCGCUAAGCUGGGACAUACAGUGGAAGAAGCAUUGAUUGAUGAGCGAUCUCGGGAGCACGGGUGCACACCGUUAUACGGUGGGGACAGGGGACUGCCCACCGGACACGGGGCGCUAUCGAUUGUCUCCCAACGGCAUUCAGCCUCUAGGCUGGCCGCCCAGUCGGCCUGA